AUGGACCAAGGAGAAUGGGCGCGGCCAGACCCGACUGAUUUCGAUAACUUUGUACCGUGGGCUUGUAACCAAUUGUCCGUCGAAUCAAAUGUUGUGGUUACCAGAGUCGCUAUGAGUGAAUAUGUAAGCGUAGUAGUAAGCGAUCGUCCCGAAAAAUCGAAAAAAGCAAGAAAAUCCAAGACACCGUCUCCAAUAGGUUCCAAUCACUCCAGCGAAUAUGCCAUGGGCACUUCAAUCGACGACAACGUCGGUGACAAACCGAUUCGCAUACAUACGGUCUACGAUCAGAGCAUGCACCUAGUACAUAUUAAAUUUCUAAAAAACGAGAGCAUACCACAAGAGGUCAUAAAGAUCAUUGCCCUCGUAAUACCAAUGCAUAAACACCUAAUAUCUAUUACGAUCGACAGUGGAUUGCGCGUCCACACCAUAUAUGAAAUAGCUAAAAUCCUACCCACAUCCACCAUCACGGAAAUGUGUUUAGACUUCACAGAUGUUCCCGAAGCUAAUUAUCACCUUCUAUUAAAUCACAACUCUUUAAAACUUUUGUCGUUAGCAAAAUGCAAUCUGAAUGAUGACGUUGUUCAAACAAUAGCCGAGAAACUUGUUCUGCCUAGUCCUGCGGCUAAGUCAUUAACCAUCCUUAAUUUAGCGACCAACUUUAUCACAGAUUUGGGGGCAAAAUAUUUAGCAAAAGCGUUACGUUCGAACCGACGUCUCGGCUACUUAAAUAUAUCUGACAACUUAAUCACCGAUAAAGGAGCAGGUUAUAUUUUCGACAUUUUAGUGGAAUUCCCCUUAACUGGUCAAGAAUAUGUUGACAAAAAAGCUAGGUAUGCGGUGUACUUAAAGGAAAAGUUGGAUUUAGUAUACACAACUAUUAAAGAUAUCAAAAUAAUGGAAAGAGAAAAAAAGGUAGCAAAAAGAAGGGGUGUUAGAUCCGCGAUAUCUUCUACGACAAAGAGAAAGACUGGCAAAGAUACUUCCAAGGCUGACAUGACAGCGAAGAGUCGGUUGAAUUUGGAGCACGCAGUUCGGGAUAAAGCUGACGAAAUAGUUGAAGAAAUGGUGGGACCUUACCGUGAUCCUUUCGACCGCAAUAAUACUAUAACGAGAGACGGUGUAGUGUAUUGUUUUGGUAAUAACUCUCUUUGUUACUUGAAUAUAGCUUACAAUAAUCUUAGUCUUAUGAGCGUGGAGAAAUUGCGUGAUGUGUUAGUGACGCAGACAUUGUGGAAUAGGAGCCCGAGAGGUCUGAUCAACGUCAGGAUCGAUGGGAACUAUCUUCCUUCCUGGUGUCCUCUGUUAGAAGAGAUUGAUGAGAUCCUUGAAUCUCAACUACCAACCGUUAGGAAACAGUCGGUUCCAAAUAAAAAGAAAAGUGCUAGGUCGGCCGUUAGUAGGAAUAUAAAUAGUUCGUAA